CCUGGUGCUGUGAUGUGUGCAGCUGUCAAACGCAUUUCUCCGACUUUUGUUGGAGGAGGAGGAGGAGGAAGAGGGGGAGGAGGAGGAGGGCGGAUCGAAACUGCUGCCGUGAUGAAAAGUGAGAAUGGGAACAAAUGUCCGAUCCGAAAUCUGACUUGUUUCUCAAAACGGCCUGCCACAAAAUUCUCGUUUUGCAGUGUUUGUACCGUUUUUUCCCCCAAAUGGGAUUGAAGAGGCGCCACUGGCUCAUAUGAAGGACUGACAUUGGUGCGUAAAAAACUUGCCUCAAGUUGGGAUUUUUCUUUGUGUGUGUGUUUUUUUUAAGGAAAUAUGCUAACGGUUGGAUGAAACUGUAACAUGGAGCAGUCGACAACCCUUGACAUAGAGGCUCUGAAGAUUACCCAGGAGCAGUACAUGCUGGCAUCCCAGUCCCUGCACCUCCAGCGACCGGGCUGCGGUGUGGUUUACCCGGUGGGUCUGUAUGGCUGGAGGAAGAGAUGCCUGUAUUUCUUCUUGCUGCUGCUCCUGGUCAUCAUGAUAGUCAACCUGGCCCUCACCGUGUGGAUCAUAAAGGUCAUGAAUUUCUCCGUGGAUGGAAUGGGAAACCUCCAGUUAAGCCGGGAGGGGAUUCGCCUGGAGGGGAUCUCAGAGUUUCUCCUGCCUCUCUACGUGAAGGAGAUCCAGUCCAGAAGGGACAGCUCGUUGGUCUUGCAGUCAGAAAAGAACGUGACAGUGAACGCUCGGAACAGCCAAGGCCAGCUCACCAGCCAGCUCACAGUGGGAGCGGAGGCGGUGCUGGCCCAGUGUCAGAGACUGGAGGUGCACAGCAGCGAGGGAGGCAGGCUGCUGUUCAGUGCUGACAAGGAGGAGAUCAGCAUUAAUACGGACAAGUUCACCGUCACAGGCAAAGAAGGGGCGGUCGUCAGACACUCGGUAGAAACGCCGCUAAUCCAGGCGAAGGCUUCUGAGGACUUGAAGCUGGAAUCUCCAACACGGACACUGACCAUGGAAGCUCCAAGAGGGGUUCAAGUGACAGCGGCUUACGGGGCACUGAAGGUGGACGGUCGAAAGGACCUGUGGCUCCAGUCCACGGAGAGAGAGAUACUUUUAGAUGCCAGCACCAUUCGUAUGGGAAGCCUUCCUCUUGGUGUCUACACAGCAUCCUCGGGCCAGGCCUCCCAAAAACAGGCCACAUACGAGGUCUGUGUCUGCCCCAGCGGUAAGCUCUACCUCUCCCCUGCGGAGACCACCUCCACCUGCCAGGCCAUGAGCAACAUCUGCCUCUGGAGUUAACUGGCACCGGGCUCAGCGACGUUGGUUGUUGUUUUGGGACCGUUUCCAACAUCUGCUCCGGAUCUGGUCUGUGUUCUGAUCGAGACGGGACCUCUGUUUGUGAGGACGUAUGUGCUACAGACAGCUGGAAUGAACGGAGAAGAGCUGGGGUGUACCAGGACUCAGACUCGAGGGUAUCCGAGUUAGUCAGAUAUGUCAGAUUAACCAGGAAUCCCCCCCUCCCCCCGGAGUCGAAGGUCGACAGCGAUGUAAGCAGUGACUGACAGCUUCUUCUUUUCAUUUGGCAGGGCGGCAGCCAGAGCAACUCUCUGAACUCAGAUCAUCAGGAAUACCCAAACCAAACAUGGACACGUCCACAUUUCACUGCUGUAUUCAGAAGCCAGAGGAUGCGGCCUUUAUUUUUGUACUCUUGGUUCAUUACUGUAGAUGACACAGUGACAGUCCUUCAGGAUUUCCCCGAUUAAACGAUGAAGAGGGAAAAGACAGGAGGAGAUUAAC